CCCCAUUGUCGUGAGGGGCUCUGACGUCACGUGUGUCUCCCCGAGAGACAAGGGAAGGCCCGAAGCAGGGGCUGAGGGAGGAGCUGGUUAGAGCCACCUGCGGGUGAUAUGUCCAACAAGAACUCAACAGGGUCUGACACAGAAAGUGAACAUAAUUUUUAUUCUGACUGCUGGGAAGAAAGUCUUCUACAUACCAACAAAGAUUCACUUGACUCUGACAGCGAAAGUGAUCUCUAUCUUCAUUCAAAUAGUCAGUGCAGUUUGUUUGAAAAAGAAGGAAAAAGCAAAUUGAAAAAAACUUUAUUGGUGUCAGAAAAGAGCUUUAGAAAAUACUGCAAAAACUGCCCCAUUCUACAACAUUUAGAGAACACUACACAGUUUCAAGUGGAAUUAUCUCCAGAAUCUAUAUUGCAAUUAAACUUUAAGGACUGUCAGACAAAUGGUCAGUCGUCAAAAGCUUAUUCACCCAAAAUACUUCCAGAUCUUGACAGGUCUUGUACAGACCAUUUGUGCUUAAAUUGUAGAAUCCCUUAUGUGACUGUUACUAAGAAUUCAGAAAAAGAACAAACAUUUUAUACAAUUAAGGAAGCUUAUGCAUUUGAUAAGCUACAUCAAAAUCAUCCACCAACUGAUUAUUAUCCCACUUCAAAGCAGAACAAAGCUGUGCAAGUUUCCUUUCCUUGCAAAGAAACAGAAGCUGGGAAAAAUGCUGCCUGUGAAUUUUUCAAACAAUCAGCAAUACAUUCUGAAGUAGAAGAAACACCAAACAGGAAAGCUAUAAUAUUUCACAGUGCUGAAAGUAUUUUCAGCAAAAAGACAAAUUCUAAUGAACUGGUGAAAGACAAUUCUGAUUACUCUUCAGAAAUUCCUUAUAAAACUCACAGUCCCCAGACACUUGAGCAAAUCUAUUUGCACACCAGUUCUGGAGAACUUGUUAUUUCUUUGGUAUUAGAAGCAGCAUAUAGAGAUCCAUCUGGUUCAUCACAAGGAGUUGGUAAUUCUUCAAAUGUUAGGGUGGGAAAAGAAGAUACACAGAGGCAUGCUUUAGCUUUUAAAUUUAAAGGCCCGGAGUGUAACCAGUUGUUUAAGAAGUUGUGCAUUUCUAUUGUUCCAAGUUCUGUACACUCAGAUACAGAGAAGGAAAAACAUAAUACAUCUUUUAUAAAGCUGGUAGGGCUUUCACAAAUUUUGGUUGAUGAGUCCAGACUGUCUCUUGCCUCCCAUGCUGAAUCAUCUGAAGCUAGUCAGCCUCUGGCAACUCAUACAGAGCCAUCUGAAUCCCGAAGCUUCAACAGUGAUUCUGAUCAAGUGCUAUCUUCACUGGAACUUUGGUCUUCCAGUGGGUUCUUUCCAUCACUGAAACAUUCACACACAACUCAGUCUUCUCACUACUUUGUCCAAUCAUUGCCAUGUUACAAGGUUACCCCUGUUCAUAGGACUUCUGAAGUUCAGAAAGUUCAACUGAAGGCCUCCAGGCCUGUAAAAUCUGUUGUGUUUACCAAAAGCACAAAAGUACAGGAGGACAGAAAAUUGCGAACCAAACCUCAUACUUCCAAAUUUCAGUGGUCCAAGGCUUUUGAUACUGAUCCUAUAAACCAAAAUCCUCAAGCAGCAGAAAUAAACAAACCGUUUUUUGUACCCUUAACACAGACUACUAAAUGUUCCUGCAGCCCAUUGCUUGAUUUAACUGUUGAUUUGCAUUCUGAAGGAAAGUAUUCUGAAACGCUCCGAAGUGUUCAUAGAAAAUAUUGCAAACGAACUGGAGGUGGCAAAGUAACUCCUAGAUUUUCCUCCUGUUGCCUGCGAAAUCCAAAUCCUCGAAGCCAUUUUGAGAAUCUCCAAUAUAUUUCUCCAGUAAGAAAGAAAAGCAAUUCAAAGAUGCGAAACAUACUGAACUAUUGUUUAGGUUGGACUGGAGGACAGAAGCCAUGUGAAAACUGUAAAGGGCAGGUUUCUCCUACUUUGGAUAGUUCAAAUAUAAAGAGGAAUGAGAUAUGCACUCCACAUCCCCCAACUGAUGGAAAUUCCAUUGCAUCACUUCUUCCAGGUUCAAGGAAUAGUCCAGUUCCACUUCCUACUGCACUAUCUCUUUCAAAUGAGUGGAGGCAUUCAUCUGCUCCCUGUAUGCAAACUGAAAGAGGCACUUGGAGUCCUGCACUAUCCUAUUCUGAUGCUAAAUGUAGCAAUUCUCAUUCUCCUUGUGCAAAUAUUAAAAUAGUGCAGCUACCCAAGGAAAUGAAUAUGCUUAAAAAUAUAGAUAUGGAAAAAAUGGAUUUUCGAGCUUUCCAGAUGGCUGGUAGAGGCUUAGCCCCCAGGAAGCACUCAAUCUGCCCAUGUGGAACUAUGGCUCAAUGUGGCUUGUUCCCCAAUGGAGAUACUUCAGAGUUGGUUAAGGAAAAAGCUAGAGGAAGCCCCAAUAUUAACCAGAGAGCCAAUAUGACUGAAUUCAGCAGGGUGAAUUCCCAUGCAGGAACCUUCAACACACAGGAAGACUACUGUGCUAGUUGUCAUCAUUUCUCUCCAAUGUGUUAUUUUCAUGAUCCACAAGAAGUGGCAAGAAAUCAUUUUACUAAAGUACAGUCGUACUUUGAGAAUGGAUGUCUUAGGAAGAACUUGAGAGAAAAUGUUGUAGAGAGAAACAAGGCACAGAAGAGAGGUGAAAGAAAAAAUGUCAGCUUCCAUAUAGGACCAAGUUAUUCACAAGUGACAGGUACACAAAAUGCAUCACUUUCUAAUUAUGGCUAUCAGGCACCUGUUUAUCACUCUGAAUGCUCAGGCUGUACAUGCUGCCAGAAUACUGUUAAAGAACAUCUUGACUUAAAACAUCAAGUGCUAAAGAACUGCUUAAACAGAGAGAGUGUUUUUCUAGUGGACCCUGGAAAGGGGACUAGAAGCCAGUGCAAAUGUUCCCAAGAAAUCCCUCUUUUCUCUGUGGACCAAACUGAUACGUUUAGGGGAAACAGAUGUGAUUUCCAUGAGAAUAGAAUCUAACCUUACUCAGGGAUCUUCACAUAUUAACCAAGGAUGGAAAAGGCUCGAUGGAAUCCACAAACGCUGUAAAAAAAGAAGUUGGUACGGUUGUUUUCAAUGACAAGUCAGUGGUUUAAAAAAUGAAAUGUUG